CGCAAAAUGAGUCUGGCGUUGGAUGGGAGAGGGCGGCUCAAGCACAUCACUGCCACACCUCUCAAAUCUGAUGACCCCAAAUUUAUCAAAUGGAGACAAGCAGACUCAACGGUUAUAACAUGGAUUCUAGAAAACAUAGAAUCGGAUAUUGUCAAUCAAUAUAUCGAUUAUCCUACUGCUUGGGAUCUGUGGAAGGGAAUCGAAGCCACCUACGGCUCCGGGAAAGAUCCCUUGCAGGUAUACAACUUGAUGGUGAAAGCUAGCAGCAUCAAACAAGGAGACCAGACACUAGAGAAGGUCUAUAGCCAAUUGCAAGCUGUGUGGAAGGAAAUCGACAGGAGGCGACCCAACCCGAUGAAAUGCCCAGAGGAUAUGACGAUUUUCACACAAAUUCAACAACAAAAUCGUCUGUAUCAAUUUCUACAAGCCAUAAACGAAGAGUUUGAUGUAGAAAAACGUGAUAUCCUCAAAACAGAUCCCCUCCCCUCCGUAGAAGAGGCAUACGCCCAAAUCAGGAGGGAGGCUACCAGGAAAGGAAUAAUGAAGGGAGACGAUGGGCCUUCAUCGGGAGAUGUUCCCUCAGGUCUUGGCAGUGGGUUCGCAGUCACACGGGCUGGAUUGCGAUCGGAAAAGGAGAUAGCUAUGGCCUCUAAGCUCGACUUGAAUGCGAUGUUUCACCUUAAGAUAGAUGGUAAAAGAAUUGUGAUGGCAUGGAAGGGAAUGAAUGGGAAAAUGGGAUUUUGGCUUGGAAGAUGUGAAUGGAAUCAUAAGAAUGGGAUUGUGGAGGCGGCUAACUCUGCAAGCAGCCAUGUCAAUUCAGUACACAGGAACAAGUUAGAGCUUGUGUGGCUUCACAAUCUUUCUCUAAUGGCGUGUUUCUAACUUCGAUUUUUCAAAACUGAACCCGAGACCACACUUGCCCAGCAAAAAUGAUGUGUCAACCUGUUAAACAUUGCAUACGUUUUGGAUAGCAUGUUUAUAACACGAUGCUCAAAAUAUAUUUCAGAUCAAAAUCUAACCCAAACCUUAAAUUGGAAUAUGUUUGCAUAAACUUCAAACCUUUAG